GAGCCCUGCCCUGGCCGGAGCCUGCCCGAGUGACAUAAUGCAUCUUGGAAGCAGAAGAAGAAUCCCCUGCACCAUGAGGCUCACCUGCUCUCUCCUGCUCAUGGCAGUGUUCUGUGUGACACCUUUGCUCUGCCACAGCCAAGUUGAUCCACUGGCUCUUGGGCGGGCAGACCCCCAGUGCUGGGAAUCCUCCUCGGCUAUUUUACUGGAGAUGAGGAAGCCUCGCAUUUCUGACUCUGUCAGUGGCUUUUGGGACUUCAUGAUCUUUCUGAAAUCCUCAGAGAACUUGAAACAUGGGGCUUUGUUCUGGGACCUGGCUCAGCUCUUCUGGGAUAUCUAUGUGGACUGUGUGCUCUCCAGAACCCAUGGGCUGGGGAGAAGGCAGCUGUCAGAAGCUGUCAGAAGCCCCAAGAUGGCUACUCUACAUUCUCAGUUCACAAGGAGAAACCAAGGGAUGUUUUCUCAUAUUCAGAGGUCACCAGUUCUGAAGAAGAAAGACUCAUUUGAAGAUUUAAUAAGUAUCCAUAUACAUAAGAGUAGAUCUAUAUUACUCGGAAGAGUCAUUGGAAAGCUAGGAAAAAAGAUGAAAUUACACAUUUAGUCUAAGAUUUUGAUUUGUGGAUAAUUUUUAACUAC